AUGCUCACAGUCCAAAUAAUGAUAAUAAUGAAGACUAAUCUGACAAUCAAAAACCUCAACUAAAUAACAAUGAAAAGAUAUUGGGAAAACGAGUUACUAGGUCCUAGGGCUCAAAAAGUCAUGAAGAAUGAUAAGGAAAUAUUUUAGCAGGGUGAUUAAGAUGAUAGAUCACAUAAUCAUGAGCACUUGGAGGAUUAAAAACAGCCAGUUUAAGAAAAGCCAAAAUCGAAUGCACCUCUAGAAAUUCAUUGUUUGGAUGCUAAUACUGAUGAAGAUGAUAAUCUAGAGGGUGACUUCGUAGCCUAAAACUUCCACUACUACAAGGAAUAUUGCCAAUUAUACUAUGCGAAUACUAUUCUAACUACAAGACUAUAGUAGCUGCUAAAUGAAAAGCAAGAGUUGCAGUUCAAGCUAAAUAGACUAGAAUCGAAUAAGAGAAAGCACGAGGAAGCUCUAGGAAUGACUUUUGACAUUGCUGAGGAGAAAAGGAAAAGACACAGGAGAACAGCUACAGAAAUUGCGAGGCAUUAUAGAUGUCCCAUAGAAGAUUGCCCUAAGUCUUAUGGUUCUGAGGGAUCAUUGAAUCAGCACAUUAAGUUAAAGCAUCCAGAGUUUUAUCAAUAAAUGUCAGCAGCAAAUCCAAGUCUGCCAGGAAUCAAUGAUUCUAAGAGAGGAGGUGAUUCUACUGUAAAUGAUGGCCACAGUCAUCAUGGACAUGAUGAUGGGGAUACCUAUGGAGAUAGAAGCGAUGAUAGUGAUUAGAGUGAUGACGUGCAUGAUGAUGAGUCAUAUAGCUAGAGAUAAGGAGGUGGCCCUAAUGGCGGCUAUAAUAAUAGAGGUCAUUAAAUAGGCGCCAGAUGA